AUGAUCGUUGAAUUGCAUCUUAAUCUUCUACCUGCACAAGAAAUCCCAAGUCUUUUCGCCAUGUCUCCCUCGGUUCUGGCUCCCGUUUUUCAUAUAACCUCCCUAACGUUGCUCGACAUCUCCAUGAAUUUUUUCCAAGGUGAAAUUCCAGCUCAAGGUUUGGCCAACCUCACCAAUUUGGCCUAUCUUGACAUGAGUUCUAACUCAUUCAAUGGUACCAUUCCCCCACAGCUUUAUCACUUGAAUAACCUCAGCUAUCUUUCCCUGUCGCAUAACAGGAUUUCGGGUGUUUUGAGUCCUGACAUUGGGUACUUAAGAAGAAGCCUCAUCAGGUUAGAUUUGAGUGGCAAUUAUUUUCUUACUGGAAACAUCCCUGAGGAGAUUGGAAACCUCACCAAAUUGAGCUAUCUAGACCUUUCCUUCAAUGGCUUGUCUGGUGGAAUUCCAGCGUCAAUUCUGAACUUGGCACAACUUCAAUACCUGGAUUUGACCAGUAACCAACUAUCACUACAGAUUCCAGCAGAGUUAGGUUAUUUGUCUAACCUAUUGACUUUGAAUUUGAGAAGCAACAAGUUCAUUGGUGAAAUACCAUUGUCAUUGUUCAAUUUGACACAACUUCAAAUCCUGGAUUUCAGCGACAAUCAAAUUUCAUCUCAAAUUCCAACAAAUAUAGCACAGUUGCCUAAUUUGUCUAGUUUGGAUUUGAGCAACAACAUGUUUAGUGGUGGAAUUCCCCAGUCCAUACAAAAUCUAAGCAAGUUAGCGACUCUUUCUUUGAAAGACAACUUACUUACAGGAGAGAUACCAUCUUGGUUGCUCGAUAUUAAGACGCUUGCCACUUUAUUUCUCGGAGGGAAUAAAUUGACUUGGAAACAGAACAAUUCUAUGAUAGUACCCAAGUGCACACUAUCAUAUCUAUCUUUAAGAUCAUGUGGUUUAACAGGAGAAGUGCCACAAUGGAUUUCAUCCCAGAAAGGUCUUCAAUAUUUGGAUUUGAGCAAUAAUGAGCUUCAGGGAACACUUCCAUUUUGGCUAAUAGAGAUGCAACUUGUAUACAUGGUUCUCUCUGACAACAACCUCACUGGCCCUCUUCCUCCACAACAGUUCAAAGACUCCUUGGAGUUCCUCGAUCUAUCACGAAACAAUUUCUCAGGUCAAAUUCCCGUGACCUUCUCCGAGGAAACCAGAAUUCUUAUGUUAGGAAACAACAAAUUCUCUGGGACAUUGCCUCAAAAUCUUACCAAUUUGAUCAAACUAGAACAACUUGAUCUUCAUGACAAUAGAAUUGCAGGGGAAUUCCCGAUCCUUGUAACUGAAAUUUCAACACUCCAGAUUUUGAUCCUGAGAAACACAUCCAUUCGAGGUCCUCUACCAAACAACAUAUCCAAACUUAGCAACCUUCGAAUUCUAGAUCUGUCCCACAAUAACCUUACGGGAGACAUUCCAGAGGAAUUAGGAAAUGUUGCAAAAAUGAUUGACAAGACUACAGCAACUUCAAUCCUGACAUCAUACAUCAUGGCCCCGUUCAUAGUGGACUCCUCAUUUCAUGUCAAUGACUUAAUUCUAAGCUGGAAGAGAUCAAUGUUAGCACUGCCAUCAGCUCCAGGAUUUGAUGAUACCUAUUCUUUGUUGGACCUAUCAGUGAACCAACUUUCAGGUGGCCAAAUGGAUAACAUGAACAAUCCAAACGAUUUUGCAAACAAUAGUGGGUUAUGCGGGAUGCAGAUACGGUUGCCAUGUGAAGCGGAAACACCGUCUUCGCCAACUACGGAACACAAUGAGACGGAGGAGGAGAAGUCAAGCUUUUCAUGGAAAGGAGCUUUAAUUGGAUUUCCAGUUGGAUUUUGCCUCACCUUAUUCAUCAUUUUUCUAACUGGUUGGUUCCAAGCAACUGGGUUUGGUCCUGUUGCUAGUAGGCCACGGAGAAGGACCGUGACAAUUAUCAAGUAG